AUGUCGCACGAAAUGCUUCUUCCAAGUCCGUGGCAGGCUUUGCCAUCGCGGAAAGGAAAAUGGAGCAGAGAAAGACAAAGGACAACAAUUACAACACCACUCUUUUCGCGACGACUGGGAGGAGGAAAGAGGUCGAAUCGUCGGAGGUUUUUGGCGGCGGCUGAACGAGAAUUUACCCCUUUUGAGCAAGAGCAGCGGGGAAGGACGUCUUCUUCUUUCGUGGAUUCCAUGAAUGCGACGAACAGCUCGAGAGGAGACAAAAUCGUUGAUAUCAGUAAAAACAGCUCGGGGCGGAGUUCUCUGACGUACGCGCCCGAAGAAGGAGCACACGACGAAGGGGAUGUGAAUGGUUUGGCUUUCCCUGAGCGGAUUUAUCGAGAGGCAGUGGGAACGAACACCUCCGCGGAUGAAGAUAUACUCCGGUUUUGCGAACCGGUUUUACGUAGCGAUGAUAGUAAUGCGAGUAUUAGUAGUAGUAGUAAUAAUAAUAAUAGCGCUCGCAUUAUAAAGCGGGGGAAGAAGCUUCGCGUAGCCGUGCUCCUCUCCGGCGGCGUGGACAGUUCGGUGGCGUUGUCGUUGCUCCGAGCCGCCGGGCACGAGUGCGUGGCGUUUUACUUACAGAUUUGGUUUCAGGACGACUUUCGGAAUUUUUGGGACCAGUGCCCGUGGGAGGAAGAUGUGAUGGUCGCGAAGAGAGUGUGCGAACGAUUGCGGGUGCCGUUACGGACGGUGCAUUUUACGGACGAUUAUUGGAAUUUGGUGGUGAAACAAUCCGUGGAGGAGAUUCAGAGAGGGAAAACGCCGAAUCCGGAUAUUUUGUGUAAUUCAAGGGUAAAGUUCGGAGCGUUUCGAGAGUGGUUAGAUACAAACGAGGAAGAGAUUGGUACGUUUGAUCGAAUAGCGAGCGGGCAUUACGCGGCGCUCGAGAGAAAGGAGGACGACGAGACGGACGUGAAACUCGUCGCCUCCGGCGACGCGAGAAAAGAUCAAACCUACUUCCUCGCGCAUUUAAGCAGUUGGCAACUUCAAAAAGCGAUGUUCCCUAUAGGUGGUAUAUCAAAACCUCGCAUCCGCGAAAUUGCGGAGAACUUAUCGCUCGUUAACGCCGAUCGAAAAGAUUCUCAAGGUAUUUGCUUCCUCGGGAAAGUCAAAUUUUCCGAGUUCAUCGAAGAACAUUUAGGAACGAAGCCGGGGGAAAUUCGCGAGAUUGAAUCCGGCCAAUUGCUCGGAACGCACAAAGGAUUUUGGUUCCACACUGUUGGUCAACGACAAGGGUUAAAGCUCGAUAAAAGAGCGCACGAGGGGCCUUGGUACGUCCACUCGAAGGACGUGGAAAAGAACGUAGUCUUCAUCUCUCGCGCGUACCACAGCGAAGAAAACGAACGCGAAAGAGACUCGUUCGAGUGCGAAGAUUUAUCUUGGUGCAGAGACUCGGAUGCAGACCAACUUUCGCGCAUCGAGCGGUGUAAAGUGCGCCACGGCGAAUCGUAUUACCGAGUGUUGCACGUAGAACCAACAACACCUAAUACCGCUGAAAAUCAAAAGCUGAAAAUCAAAAUCGACGGCAAGGAUCAAGGUUUAGCCAAAGGGCAAUACGCGGUAUUUUACGGCGGUUCCGAGUGUCUAGGCUGCGGCGUAAUAUGCUAA